UGUAUAACAGUGUAAAUUUCAUUACUUCAGAGGUACAAAACCCAAAGCCUAUGCCACUGCUGACGCCCAGAGAGAUCCUGUACAUCUGUACAAGCUGUACAGCCAGAAACGACCGGACGAAAUGUGCAAACCUGACAGCCCAUUCUUCCUUACACCAAAUGAUAAACCACAGAGAUGCUGGUUCAAAAAAACCCCACUUGGAAUAAAUAAACUUUACAACAUUAUGAGAGACAUGAAGGCUGAAGCAGGAAUUGAAAAUCCCAGAAUAACGCCUUACAGCUCCAGAAAACAUCUGGUUCAAACUCUAAACGAUGCUGGGGUCCCUGCCAACCAAAUCAUGCAAAUUUCUGGUCACAAGAAUGUGAAUUCUAUAAACAACUACAGUAAAAUCAACAACGACCAGUCGAGAAAUAUUUCUAAAAUACUGUCGAAUCAGAGAAAUGAAACCAACCUUCAAACUCAAGGAAGUGGUGCUGCCAGUGCUCCGGAGCCAUGGACUGGGCCUUUCGGAUCCAAUCGCUCUCGCAGUCUUUUUGCAAGCAGCACUUUCCACGGACCUGUGACUUUCAAUUUCCACAGUACAUCUGUAUCGGAAACACUGUCACAAAUGUCCACAGUUAACGUAGGCCGAAGUAAUGCAACUGCUGAAGAGUCCGUUUCCAACAUGCUCGAUUCGCCAGUUGCCACUGCCAGACCAUUCAAACGAAUAAGAAUGAUUCCAGAAAGUGACAGUGACUAACUGUAACACUCACGACACGAGAGUUUACAUAUAAGUCCAUUUAAAAUCCCACUGUUACACUGUUCGUAUUGUUUCUCCAGUUAUUUGUUCUAACUGUUUACCGAUUGACUGAAGUAAAACAAAAUGGCGGACUCGAAUUUUGACAAGCGCAAGUGCGCGUAUCUGCGCGUAUGAAUUUCACACAUUGUUUGUUUAAAUAUAUCUGAAGUUACAUGAAUAAAAUUUUUGAAGUACCAAAUAUAUUAUUUAUAUCCCUUACAAAUAAAUUAAUCUCCUUUCUUCUGUUAGACAAAACACAACCUGGACCAAAUUUGUAGAACUAUUUGGGACGCAUAACACAGCGCUGACAGUCGUAAACAGUGGGGCUCCCUGCGGGGGAAUUUUUAAAAAGUAAAACGAUUUUAUAAAAGAAACCACUGAAUAAGCAUGAAAUAAACAGAAAAUUUGUUUGUUUCGGUGAAAGAUCGAAAUUUAUUUCAUCUCGUGAACAUCACAUGUUAAUAUUUUCACUCGUGGCUUCGCCACUCGUGAAAAUAUUCAUGUGAUGUUCACUCGAUGAAAUAAAUUUUCGA